CAGCAUGAGGUUGUUGAUCAUUGCAGCUGCCUCUCUGGCAGUGGUGAGCUGUGCCAGCCUCUCUCUGGAGGACCUGGAGUUCCACGCAUGGAAACUCAAGUUUGAGAAAUCCUAUAGCUCACUUGAGGAGGAGGCCCAUCGUAAAAAAAUCUGGCUCUCCACCCGCCGCAGGGUCCUGACCCACAACAUCCUGGUUGAUCAGGGCAUCAAGACCUACCGCAUGGGCAUGAACCAGUUCUCUGACAUGGACAGUGAGGAAUACAGUCAGACUGUCCUCCUCAGAAACAUGAUCCCCUCCAAUGAGACCAAAGCCAUGCCCCACCGAGGCACAAUAACCUCCAAACCUAAAGGGGGCACUGCUAAGCUGUCAGCCUCUGUGAACUGGAGGGAUAAUGGUUGUGUUACACCUGUCAAAAACCAGGGGCACUGUGGAUCCUGCUGGGCCUUCAGCACGACAGGUGCACUGGAGUCCCACACCUGCAUAAACUAUGGGUACCUGCCCUCUCUGAGUGAACAGCAGCUGGUGGACUGCUCUGGGUCCUAUGGAAACAACGGCUGCAAUGGAGGUCGGAGAGAUCCAUCAUUUCAGUAUGUCAUUGAUAACGGGGGGAUAGACACAGAGGCCUAUUACCCCUACGAGGCAAAGGAUGACAAUUGUCGCUUCAAACCCUCUGAUGUUUGUGCCUCCUGUAGAGGAUACACCAAGGUGAAACCUCCAGGAAAUGAAUCUGCCCUUCAAGAGGCUGUGGCCAAUGAGGGACCCGUGUCUGUGGCCAUUGAUGCUGAGCAGGACUUCCGGUUCUAUGAGUCUGGUGUCUAUAAUGAGCCGUCCUGCAGCAGAACUAGACUGAAUCAUGCUAUGUUGGUGAUGGGCUAUGGAACUGAAGAUGGCCUAGACUACUGGCUGGUGAAAAACAGCUGGAGUGCUUCUUGGGGAGAGGAAGGCUACAUCAAGAUGUCCCGGAAUCAGGACAACCAGUGUGGCAUUGCUUCCUAUGCCUUCUACCCUGAGGUCUGAUGGUGAGCAGAUAAGGAUUUGCAUCUUGGAGGUUGUUGUCAUGUU